AAAGUAUGUGUAGAGUUAUUUGCAUAACCGGCUCUUUUGUCUCUACACUACUACCUUACAAUUCCGUUAUUUACAAACAAUACCGUGCGCGUUUUUCGAACCAGAAGACCCAACCCCGUCUUCCUGUUGCGCAGCAAGCGGGCAGUUUGCAAAACACAAGGGUUGGCGUGCUAGUUUCGUGAAGGGUGGCGCGAAAUCCAGAUCAAUAAGUACGAUGGCCGCGGAAAAGCAGAAGGAAAGUGAAAAACAAGAGUUCGGAUUCUACAAACCGGUGGAAAGAGGUGCCUGGGAGAGUUUCUCCAGGUUUAUGCAUAAUCCAGACACUGGACAAUACUUGGGGAGGACACCAUUAAGUUGGGUUCAAAUAAUUUUUUUCUACAUCAUCUUCUACGCCGUCUUAGCCCUUCUCUUUGGAGGUUGUAUGUUCUGUUUUUAUACUACCAUUGACGAGAAAGAACCGAAAAGACAACUUAGCGACAGUUUGAUCGGAGAGAACCCUGGGUUGAGUAUAAGACCGCUUUCAAGCAUAGAGAACGAUUUGAACUUCAUAUAUUACAAUGCCAAGAAUGAGAGUCAAACUAACAUGUGGAUCAAGAAAUUGAACGAUUUCAUGGAGCCUUAUAUGGUUCCCGCAGUUGGUAACAACUCCAUAGAGUGCAGCUUUUAUAGAAGACCGAUUGGUAACGAGAUUUGCAAGAUAAACCUCACCAUGUUCGGAGACUGUUCCCCUAAAGAUUUGUACGGAUAUAGAACUGCAUCCCCAUGUAUAUUCCUAAAAUUGAACAAGAUUUAUGGAUGGGAACCAAUCACAUAUCUUCUACCGACUGAUGAUAUGCCACCUGAUUUGAAAAGCAGCAUAACAUCUCUGCCACAACUGAAUAGGACACAAAUAUGGGUUAGUUGUAACGGCCUAACACCCCAAGACAGAGAUUUUGUGAAGGAAUUUAAAUACUUUCCUAGCGGAUUUCCAUCUUAUUUCUUCCCUUAUAGGAAUGGUGACAAUUACUUGAGUCCACUAGUUGCCGUAAAGAUAGUUUAUCCUAAAGCAAAUGUGAUUAUCGGCAUUGAGUGCAGAGCAUGGGCGAAGAACAUCCGAUACCGUGGUGGAAUCCUAGAAAGAGUAGGAUCUAUACAAUUUUACUUCCAAAGAGACUACUUCAAUGUGCCUAUCCAAUAACGCUCGGUGAUCCAAUGGCUAAGUGAUCAACUCCCAUCAAAAUUAUUACACAGUUAAAAGUUCAGAUUAUUUGAGAAGUUCUUUCAUGUA